AUGGCAAGGAGCAGAACAGACCGAUCCCCACGCCGGCGGCCGAAGCCAGCCCGCGGUCACGACCUGACGAGCACCCUCCCUGACGAUCUCCUCCUCCAUGUCCUCCGCCGUCUCGACACCCGCAGCGCGGUCGGCACCGCGGUGCUGUCCAGGCGAUGGGCCCGCCUCCGCCGCGAGCUCCCCGACCUUGACUUGCGGGUCAGCAACAUGCUCCCGCCGCGCUACCACCGGUUGGUCCUUCUCCACCGCGACAUCGAAAAAAGAAAGGGAUCUCAUUGUUUGUACAGACGGGAUGCCAUGCAGCAGGAGCUCGUGCCGAACAUCAGGAGGUACGAGCGCCGCGCCAUGCGCGCCCUGACGAGCUCCGUCGACAGAUUUCCUCGUCCCCAGAGCGUCAGCAGGCUGAGGCUUGAGUUCUUCCUCACCGGCAACACGGGCUGCAUCAACAGGCUAAUCGCCAGGUCCAUCGAUGUCAGCGAUCUGGAGGCUCUUGCCAAGCCGAUCCACCAAGAGCGAUCCGUCCACACCUUCCCUAGCCACGGCCUCUGCCAGGAGCCUCGCGCGUCGUGCCUGCGAAGCCUCAAGCUCGGAUGUUGCGUGCUCCCGCCGCUGCACGAGUUCAGUGCGCUUACGACGCUCGUCCUGCAAGACUUGCCGCGGUCGACGCCCGCGGCAGCCUACGAGGGCGUCUUCACCUCUUGCCGGCAGCUGCAGGUUCUACACCUCAAGUCUUGUGCCUGUAGUGGGAACUCGGACCUUGUGGUGGUGGGCGCCCCCGGAUCAGGGAUCAAGGAGCUCGUUGUCGACAAGUGUGCAUUCUCGCAAAUGUGGCUGAGGGCUCUUCCCAACCUCGAGAUCCUCGCCUCCUUGGACACCACGGUGCUCUUCGAGUCUGAAUCCUUUCCCUGCCUCAGGCGAUGGAACCUCACCCAGAGCGUCGGUGCCAUGAUCAGAUCAGCGGAAGGAUUGCCGCUAUUCUAUACUGGGCAUCACAUUGAGCUUGGCUGGUUUCUUGGGUGCACUCCAGACAUAACCAACCUUGUAGUCCGGUUCACCGGGCCCCUACGAUGGAUCAUGCCGUCUGGGUCCUCGUCAUUGUUGCCGCCCUUGCUGCCCAAACUGAGGAAACUGCUUGUCGCCGACGUGCCUUCGUCGUGGGAUGUCUCGUGGCCCCGUCUACUCCUCCAGACGGCGCCUUCCCUUGAGAUACUUCACAUCCACAUUGCCCCUUGCAAGGAGAAGCCCGGACAUAAGAUACCCUGGAAAAAGCACACCAGGCGUCGGCACCAUUGCAUCAAGGAGUUUGUGGUGGCUGGUUUUGAGGGGACGGAGAGCCAGAUUUGCCUUGUCAGGUUUGUCAUCGGAGUAUCGAGGUUACGCCAUGUAGGGUUGUUCAAGAAAGGGCAACCUCGAGACAAGGGGCACUGGGAUUGGGAGAUGGUGACUGAGCAUCACUCAUGGACCGAUGAGGAGAAAGACGCUACACUGGAGCAGAUUAUGGAUGGGGUUUCUUUCUCCAACCAUCCGGUUCAAUUGAUUUUAGGCUAG